AUGAGGUCUGGAAUGAGAUUAAUUUCUAAUCAGAUAAUAUCAUUUUGCGAUAAUAUAAGCAAUAUUAUAAAAGGUGAUUUAAGUAUUGAUGAAAAUGGAGUGUCAUCUAGCUUCACUCACGCCUUUGCAGUACUCAUAAUAAAUUCAGAUUACAAGUCGGAAAGCGUUUCAGAAUUUUCGAAUGAAUUUUUUAAUAAAUGCAUAGGUGAAAGUAAGGAUUUUCAAGAAACGCAGAAAAGGAAGGCGAAAUUGCAGAGAUCUAUUACGAUUGUUGGCGAAUCUAAAGGAUUAGAACUUCCUGAAUACAUCAAAAGAAUGUUAAUUAUAACCGGAUUGGCAGGAAAAAAGAAGUACAGAGAGGACCUUGCAAACCGUAUGAAGCAUUUCAUUGAGAAGGAUAAUAUGAGUAAUAAAUUUUAA